AAGUGUGUGUGAUUUUUGAAAAUAAGUGGCACUUGGGACAUUGACCAAAGGAAGUCGUCGAUAUGCAGCAGCAUAUCGAUUUCUUCAGCAAACGAUCCUUGAGGACUUGAGGUUCCUUUUCCUUCCUUCGAGUGUUUGUGUCAAUCGGAUUGUUUUUGUAGUUCUGAUGAUGUCGGGUGGUUCCAAACCCUAGUUUAACUGGAAUGUGCAUUGGUUCAAAAUUAGAAAGUACUCGCAAGCGGGAAAUGCCAAAGGCCGGUUACACUUUUUGACAUUUUACGACUUUCACCACCUAGGAGAGGGAUUCGGCCCAAAAUUACACAAACCAAGAUGACUGAAUCCUGUGCAGGUCCGUUAGAUGACAGAACAAAAGACGAUGAAUCAACUAAUAAGCAAAAAAUGAUCUCACUCGUCAACAAGCUUCCUGAUUUGGCUGCAAUUUUUGAUCUGGAAAAGAAAAUAGGUGAAGGGACGUUCAGCAGUGUAUAUUUAGCAAAAACAAAACACGAAAAUGAAGACGGCAAAAGAGAAUAUUUUGCGAUUAAACAUCUUGUACCAACAUGCCAUCCGAGUCGCAUUGUGAGGGAAUUGAAAUGCAUGCAAGAAAUUGGGGGUGUAGACAACGUAGGAGGAGUGCGUUUGUGCUUAAGGUGUAAUGACUGUGUCACAUUCAUCAUGCCGUAUCAGCAGCAUGACAAAUUUAGUUCUUAUGUUAUGGAAAUGCAGAUAGAAGAAACAAAGAUGUACCUUAGAGAACUUCUAGUCGCUCUUAGAAGAGUCCAUAAAUUCUCAGUAAUUCAUCGAGAUGUAAAACCUAGCAAUUUUCUUUAUAGUCGUAAAGAAAAAAAAUUCUUGCUCGUGGAUUUUGGCUUAGCUCAAACAGUAGGAGAAUGGUCAACUGAAAAUAACGACAGCCAGAAAGAAAGUAAAAAAAGAAAAAGGGCUGAUGAAGAGGAAAAUCAGGAAGUCAGUAAUGACACACCAUCUAUGAAGCGCCCUGCUCUUCAGUGUUUAGACAGCAACAUCCCGGUGUCAAAUCACAAUAAGAAAAAAACCGUUGAUUUUGAGGAUGUAUCAUGGAAAAAACUCUGUUACAAUAGAAAAGCCGAGAAUAUUACUUUCAUACAAAAUAGUGACAUGUCGAAAAAGCAAGGGGAGAAACUAUUUCUCAAGCCAAAGUCACCACAAUUAAAAUCAUUCGGUAACAAAUGCACGUGUGAUGGAAAGGCGCAGAUUUGUUACAGUUGCCUCACUCGAAGAGCCCAAGUUGCACCCAGAGCAGGCACUCCAGGAUUUCGCCCACCUGAGGUUUUAUUAAAGUAUCCUCAGCAAACAACUGCUGUUGAUAUAUGGGCAGUUGGGGUGAUAAUGUUAUGUAUCCUCAGUAGGACGUACCCAUUUUUCAAAUCGCCCGAUGAUGUCACAGCCCUCGCUGAGAUUAUAACACUCUUUGGCUCUGAAGAAAUCAAAGCAGUUGCAAAGAAACUUGGGCGUAAUGUAAUUUGCAGUGAAGUUUGCGAGCCUCUCGAUUUGAAACAGACUUGCGAAAAAUUGGCCAAUAAGAAGCUUAACAAACUCCACCAAUCGAAAAAAUCACAAGACCUCGCACCCGUUGGGCUUCAGUUCCCGAAUUCAGCUUAUGAUCUGCUUAUGCGCCUUUUAGAAAUUGAUCCGUCUAAGCGAAUCACCGCUGAUGAAGCCCUCAGACACCCUUUUUUAUCUUAGUGCAAUUCAUUAUGCUAGAUUGGUUAGACUUUUCUGUGAAUGAUUUGGUGUUUUUUUGUUAUGAAUUGAAGAAAGAAAAAAAUACUGCUUGCGGUAUGCAACAUUUUUCAAAAAAACGUGCUAAAAAUAAACAUCUUGGACCAAG